UUGAUAUGCAGUCAUCUCCUGCACAAAGUAUCAGCGCACAAGAGCUUAUUUUAUGUUGUUAAUGAAUAAUCUCAUUAUAUGUCAAAUGUCUAGCCUAUAUAUUGUGUCUGCUUGCAUAUUGGUGGCUAGUCAUGAGUUUUUUCCAGCUCAAAGAAUAUUCAGGCCUCGGUACCAUGUGGUGCUCCGUGGGCUUCCAUUCAACAGAAGCAGAUAACGUGAAACCGGCUGGAAGUGGUUGUGCUAGUUGUAAUGAGGACAAAAGGAAUGACGUGUCAAAUAAUUGUUCAAGGUAUAGGAGAGCAUUGAGAAUUGGUGGCUGCCAUGUGUCGACCAACAAGUGGCAAGAUUUUGUUGACGCCACCAGCAGAUAUGUAAGGCUUCGCAUGAGGAUAAGCUGGUACUCUGUUACCAAGAAUAGGAAGAGUUUAGCUAGUGGAGAGCCUUUAUGGCAUUUGCUCUUGAAUGUCAUGGUUUUGGACUGUGAUUUGAAAUUGACCCUCCGGUUUUGAAGGGUUACAAAAGAUGUUAGCUAAAUAAUAGCAUUAUUGAUUAGCUAGUUGGAAGGGGGAAAGAAAAGGAAAGGAAAAAAGUAGUGUA